ACGUACCUUUAAACUCAACAUGUAAAGGCAUAAAGAGGCAUAAAGAGCACAAUGUCGUUUUAUGAUGUAGCAUUAAAAUACAGCUACUGUUUAGAGGAUUAUUUUAGCUUUCGGAAAAUAAAAAUUUAUAAUUAUAUACUGUUAAAUAGUUUUUUGGAGAUAUUGAUGUUAACCAUAUAAGGUGGAACACCAGGUAUCCUUAACAUCCUUAAUACAGUAUCUUGAAUGUGUCUGUUCUGGCAUACAUAGUGAGAAGAAAAAUAUCAUGGUAUGGUAUGAAAAUGCUGGAUUUUUGACUGUGUGCAGAUGAAGUUAUGCUCAUACUUCACUUAGAUGAGUGCUACAAACGUUCAUGAUGACGAGACCCUGUUUCAUCAAGCUCAAAAGUUGAUCUCGCUUAUUACAAAUAUUGAAAAUGUACCAAAACAAAAAUUUGGUCAAGCCAUAAGGGUUUGCAUCCAGAAUCUGGUUGAGUUCUGUCAGGUUGUGUUGAGACACAAAAAACAAUUGAGGGACAAAAAUGCAAGAAAAUUCAUUUCGAAUUCUGUGCUGGCAAUAAAGAAUAUUACACCAGUCUUUACACAAAGCUUGCAGGACUUCCAAGAUGAUGACAAUAACAGCAAAACCUUGAUAGAGAAAGAUAACUGCAUUGCAAAAAUUAUACAAGCCAUACGCUCUAUUAAUCAAACAUUACAGACUCAAGUGAAGAAGAAGAAAGACACCAGUUCUGUACAUUCAAAGAAAAUGGAUCCCCUGUCAGAAUUAUUUGGUGAAGAGGACACACUGUAUUUUGAAUUUAAUCUUACUAAAAUACAUGACUCUGACAGUGUUUUUGAAAAUGCAGAUGAAGAACAUGAUUUGAACAAGUGUGAAUUGCCAAAAUACUGUGACUCUAACACUUGUUUACCAAAUUCGCCACAUUUGGAUACCAUUGAUGAUUCAUUUAUUGUUCCACGAAACAUUACCAUUGACAAUUAUGUUGAAGUCAUUGACAGUAGUUCCAACUUGAUCAACACCGCUCAUAAAAUGAUUUCAAAGUCACACAAGUUGCUGUUGUCAUGCUCAAAAAAAGAUAGAGCAACAGUUAAAUCUUUACGUCAAAAGCUCAACCAAGCUAUCAUUGAAUUUGAUACCAGUAUAACUAAUGCACUGAAGGAUAUGGACAGUUUAGUAAUGAAAAGAAAACUUAUCCAGGAUGGGCGGACCUUGUUGCAAGCAAUAAAAAACAUGAAAAGUUUUAUUCAGCACCCACCCAUACAAGCAGACCAUUCACAACCACAAUGUAAUAUUGUGCAAAGAAUACCACCGGAUGUAUUACCCAGUUCAACAGAUUUGCCACCAACAACCAUGUCACCAACUAAAACAGAUAAUAAAAAAGUUCAUCCAGUUAGCACCAACAAUUUCAAAGAGAAAGUUGAAUGCAUUCUUGCUGCAGCUUUUGCACAUGAUCCUGAAGAGCUUGAAAAAGAAAUAAACUCCUUAACAGAAUAUGACGAUGGAGUAAAGCAAAUUGUUGGGGAUAUAAGGAAAAGAAAUACGAACAUCAGUGUUAUGAUGAUGGAUGCUGAUGAAAAAGCUAAUCGAUCAACACGACAGCUUAUCCGACAUUCUCGAGAUAUUUACUUUAGACAAGACCCAACGAAAGAGGAAAUAGAAUCAGUACAUAUACUGUCACAAGACUGGUGUGAAUGUCAUGUUUUGUUAGCAGAAGCCAUAUGGCAUCACCUGGCUCCAUGGACAACAUUUACUUCACAUUUUUUCACUUCACCUGGUGGUAUUGACUCAACGAAACAACAGUCAUCCACAUUAAGUAUUUGGAUGAACAAAUUCAAGAAAUUGGAAGACAGCAUUUGCCAUCUUGUCACUGAAUUCGAACAAAUUGAUGAAAGUUGUGAACCAAGUAUAAACAAUCAUUUCAUUAAAGCUCGGAAUCUAUGUUUCGAGAUUCAACAACAUUCCUCCAAAGUGCUUCAACUUGCCAAACUCCAUUUAUUGGGAGAUGUCAGUGCAAAUGAAUGGCCAACAUUUGGCCUGUGGUUGUUUCGAUGGGCAAAUGCAGUUCAGCAGCUGUUGUAUCAUAUUGACGUCUUAACGAAUCAAGUUCCCCAAACAACGACAAACAUGGUAUCCAUGAAGGUGAUUGCAGAUAACCAUAUGAAGUUUGAAAACAUUGCCAACCAAACCGUUCGAAGCUGCCAAGACAGUUACUUGGGACAAAAUGUUGAAGUUCAUAUGAAUCAAUUGAAAGAAAUAUACGAAGAAAUGACAACUUUACAUGACAGUGCACCUGUGCCUGAAGUGAACAACAAUACCUGUAACAUUUCAACCAUCAAUGCUGAGUUAGCAGUUAUGCACAGACAGUGGAAAAUAAAGGCUUACGCUUUGUCAAAUCUAGUUACAAACUGCACAAAUUAUUUAUCCAAACCGAUCGAUGCCCUGCUCGAAUCAGCGAGAAGUGAAUGCGAUCUAGAUGGCCCAAAUACAGAAUCUUUUGAGGAAUAUAAGGAAGUUUUUGCUAAGAAGAUGAAGCGUAUUCGAAUUCACACAUGCUUGGCUGUAGACACAUCAACCUCCAGGAAAGAAAUCCAUGAGGUUAUUGAAACUUUGGAUCAGCUAGAUGAUGUUUCAGAUCAAUUAGUUGCAACUUGUUACAGAAUUGUCGGUAACAAUCUGAAGAUGCCGAUAUCUUCAAAAGUCAAUCUCUUACGACUUCAAUGGCUAUCCACUGCGAAUUAUUUAUUGUUUAAACUCCGAAAGUUGCCAGAAGUACGAUAUUCCGCAAUAUCGGCUGUGAUGCGCCAUUUACAUUUUGAAAAUGACGUCAGUAAUGCAGACGAAUUUUCAGAAGUUUUGUCAGAGCAUGUCACUUCAUCAAUAUCAUUGCCUGAUACCACGCCUUCGCGUUUGACACUACCUGGUGAACAGAAGGUAUUAACUUCGGAAUAUGAUAGUGUUUACAACUCAUGGAAUGAGUACUCAGAAGAGAGUGAGGCCGCUAGUGAUGCAUUAUUACAAAGCAGCGAGUUGGAUGGUGUUGCACACCGAGCGGAGCCUCGCUUGUCAUUAGGCGUUGAUGAUUCUCAGAGUGAACAAACUGAUGUUACACCGGCAGUAAGAUGUAAGAACAAGUCACUGCACAAGAAAGAAAAACCUCCGAUAUCACCAAAGCCACCAAGAUUGGAAAUGAAUGAAUCACUUCUCAAUCUGUCACGAAGUAGUAACGAUGACGAAUUGACGGAUCGGUCAGCUAAUUUAUCUGCAAGAUUUGACGAACCAACUCCAAAGUCUAUAGCUGCUGCUGCUCAUAUUCUCCAUCGAGAGGCAGAUAAAUGGGAAGACGAAAACAACUCCAUUAUAAAGGUGGUGAAAUUAAUGGCGAAGCAGAUGUUUCAAAUGGCAGAGUUUUCAAAAGGAAGAGGCAAUCUAAAGUCGAAAGACGAUUUAGUUCAAACUGCUAAAGCUAUUGCAGCCAACGCCAAUGCAGUUGCAAAAUUUGCUACUGUUAUAGCUGAUCAAUCAUCUGACGAAAGUUGUCGAAGAGACUUACUUCAUUACGCUGAAUUGGUACCAACGAUAAGCACGCAGUUACGAAUAGUUGCUUCCGUAAAAUCUGUCGCUAAAGAAGACGAAACGGCUGAUGUAAUGUUGGUUGCAAAUGCAGAGAAUCUAAUGAAAGCUGUAGUGGGCACGUUAAAGGCUGCUGAAGCUGCAUCUGUUAAGAUAUCAAAUGAAAGCAGUUACUCGAACGAUGUCGCAGUAGGAGAGAUUACAGAGAUAGCAUUCCAGUGGAAGCGCAAAAUCCGCAUGAAACGUGCAAUGAAUGCUCUGGCUGCACCUCGUGGCGACCUUGGGUUACGUUUAUCAAAAGAAACUACCCCUCUUCCAUCCCUAACAGAUUUAGUGAUAAGUUAGAAAUGUUUAUUACGGGAUUGCUUUUAUUUUUCAAAAAAAUAACUUUAAAUGUUUUAAUAUUAAAACCUUAAGGGAAGAAAAAGUAUGAAUGAUAACAAUGCAAAUUUAGUCUCAAGUUUCCAAACUUAAUAAUUUUCUGCAUGUUGAAAUCCCAAUUAAAGAGAGUUUGAUUGUCCCUGUUUUUAAUUUUUAGUUAUAUUCAUCAAAUGACUAUGUAAAAAUAAAAAUUCGGAAAAUAUUUCUUCCGUUAGGCGUUGUAUGAUAUUUAAUGUUUUUUUUAUUGUUCUUGUUAUAUGCUUGUUGCAUACAUUUUUAACCGUGUUAAUACUAAUUUUUAUACAUAUUGUUCUAUCGUAGCUAGAGUUAAAUAAUUUUUUAUUCAGACGGUGAAUAACUGCUACAAGACUUCCAAUAGAAGUCGUUGCUUUUUUACUCUUCAUGAAAGACGAACAAAAUUUAUUUUUGAAAAUCUGAGAGAGUAUUGAUUCUCCCAAGUAUUUAAUUUUCGAGAAAAAAACAUGAAAAAAAAUUAUAUUUUUUUGGAACCUUUAAAAAAUCUUCCAUUAUGAAUAUAUACCAGGGAAUUUCUUAUAUUUUAGCAUUUGCGACAUUUUUUACACUCAAAAUGUUUAAAAACUUGACAUGAAAGAAAAUACUUACGACGUAUGAUUUUUGUUGAGCAUAAUUCAUGUUGCUGGCAGUUGGUUUUUAGUAGAAAAUGUAUAUUUAAAUUGUUUUUUAUUGUAUUGUAGUUAAAAAUUGUAGUUAAAAAUUGAAUUUUUGAGGAUAUUUUCAUGACCAAUGUAUAUUUUAUUUGAAUAUAUUCAAUUAUUUCCAAAAAAGAAUAAA